AUGUGGCUGUCUAUUUGGUUGAGUGGUAUUUUGGCAGUCACGGUUACACAAGGUCAAUUUCACGAGUCUGCGCCAUGCUUUUGUAAGAUUGGCGAAGCUGUGGAGUCAUGCCGUUGUGAUGAGCCAAAUAUCGACACAUUUAAUAAUGUCGAGAUUUACGACAAGCUUCAGAAGCUUCUCAAACGAGACUUCUUUCGAUUCUAUAGGGUAAACAUGGACAAACCUUGUCCUUUUUGGCCGGACGAUAGACAGUGUGGGUCCAGUCAAUGCGGUAUAGCAUUCUGUGACGAUGAAGUGCCGGCCGGUCUACGGCGUCCGGCUGUCGUGACAACGGUGCGUCUGCCUGGCUACGAAAUCACCGUGUCCGACACUAACCACACGGAUGAUUCAUUAUCGCAACGUCGUCGGAACCACACCACCCACAACAUCGUCAGCACCUCGAACCUUCAGGAUUGCCCGAGCGCUGGUGAACGAAGCAAUGAUUUCGAUCCUAUGGACAGAAGUCUAGAUGAGGGAUAUCGCGAGCAGCUUCGAGAGAUGGACAUUCAUGACGAUCAAGAGAACAAGUUCUGCGAAGUUGAUGAUGAGGACUCGUCCGAUAUGCAUUACGUAGAUUUGUCGAAGAACCCAGAGAGAUACACAGGCUACAAAGGGGAUUCAGCCAUACGUGUCUGGAAGAGCAUUUAUCAAGAAAAUUGCUUCAAGCCUGACAUGAAGUUCGACAAAAACUUCUUGAUGCAUCCCGACAAUUUUGGGCUCUGUUUGGAGAAACGAGUUUUCUACAGACUCAUAUCAGGCUUCCAUUCUGCAAUCACCAUCUCAAUAGCCGCGUACAACUACAAACCAGGUGAGUUCUAUACUGUGUCUCUCCAUGUUUGUGUAAUCUCUUUGCCUUCAUUUCCAGCCCCUGGUGGAUUGGGCGUAGGAACAUGGUUCCGUAACACGGAAAUGUUUGCCGGGCGAUUUGGAACGAAAUGGAGCUGGGAAGGACCUCAACGAUUGAAGAACGUAUAUUUCGUGUUCUUGCUGGAGUUGCGUGCCCUGCUAAAAGUUGGGCCAUAUUUGCAAAAGGAGUUGUUCUACACGGGGAAUGAGAAGGAAGACAUCGAAACACGUGUUGCUAUAGAUGAGCUGCUGGAUAUUAUCCGGCAAUUCCCUGACCAAUUCGAUGAACACGAGCUGUUUACGGGUGUAGAAGCGCAUGCUCGCGAGCUACGGGAGGAAUUCAGAUCUCAUUUCCUUAACAUUUCACGUAUUAUGGAUUGCGUUGGGUGUGACAAAUGCCGUCUAUGGGGGAAGGUCCAAAUUCAUGGCAUGGGCACAGCACUGAAAAUUCUUUUCUCGGAUCUACCACAUUCUCAUUACCGAAUAAAUUCUGAGGGCUCGGCAGUAGCCGCUCCGUUCCAGUUGACACGAAAUGAGGUGGUAUCGUUAUUCCAAAGUCUUGGACGGUAUUCCUCCAGCAUCAGAGAAAUUGAUGAGUUCCGGAAAGAAAUGUUAGUUGGUUACCGUGGCACAGAUGAGUUAUAG